CUUGGUUUUAGUUAUACUUCCGGUGUGAAAGGUCACUCAAAAUGGCGCCGUCCAAGAAGAGACAUGCCAGUAGCCAGCCUUGUGUUAUUCCUGGAGGAUUUACAGUGCUGUCCUUACAGUUCAGCGCCGACAGCCCUGCACAGCACGAGCUGUACGUGAAGGAGCACAAAGUCCGAGCAGAGAAGAGUUCCCACAGGCCCCUGGACCGGACUCUGUUCGUUCUCAACAUCCCCCCGUACUGCUCCGAGGGUGUUGUCAAAGAGUUGUUCUCCCAGUUUGGCUGUGUUCAGUCCGUGGAGUUGAGGGACCAGCCGGGCUCAUCCCAGGACUCUGGACCCAAGCUAUCCAGGUUCUUUAAACCAGUUGCAAAACAGGGUUUUAGAGUUGGCUACGUCGUGUUCGAAAACUCAUCCAGUUUAAGAGCAGCUAAAUCCCACCCACAUGACGUCUCUUUGGUGGUCUGCACAGAGCAGCGUCCAGUGAAGACAGGAGUGCAGAAAUGGAUUCAGCAGUACACAGAGUCUUUUAUUAAUCCGGACACACUGCAAAAAAUAGUCGACUCCUUUAUGGAAGGCUACGACAAGCGGAAAGAGGAGGAAGUGGAGAGGCAGAGGAAAGCGGCAGAGCAGCAACAAGAGGAUGAAGAGGGCUGGGUGAAAGUCACAAGAGGUGCCAAGGGCACCAAGGGCCGCCCCCACAGUGAGGCAGCCAAUGAGAGGACUCUACAGAAAGAGAUGAGGAAGAAGAAAAGGAAGGAGCUCCUGAACUUCUACACCUGGCAACACAGAAACACACAGAAAGAACAUAUUGCUGACCUACGGAAAAAAUUCGAGGAGGAUAAACAGAGAAUAGCUCUGCUGAGAGCACAGAGAAAGUUCAAACCUUACUGAGUCAACUACCGUUCCUUUCCUUAUUUCACUGCUUUUGUGUGUUUUAGCUACAGCAUAACCCUGGCCAUUUGUCAAUAAACAUUCUAAGUGACUUA